UGGAGACGACGAUGACUUCAAUCAUGGCCAUCUUCGACGAAGCCCUCUCUCUGACCGACCACUACACCUACGCCGACGAAGCCUUCCAAAUCCAGAAAGCCCUCCACGCCUCUCUCUCUCCCCCCCAAUCCCAAAACCAUCCAUCUUCCUCCUCUUCCUCCCAAACAAUCUUCUGCGAGAUCUGCACCGAAGAGAAGCCACCCUCCAACAUGCUCGACUGCCGCCACUCCUUCUGCGCCGCCUGCGUGUCGAAGCACGUCGAAUACAAGCUCCGCGACAACGUCAUCGCCAUCUCCUGCCCCGCCCCCGGCUGCGCAAGCGCCAUCCAGCCCCACGCGCUGCGGCCCCACCUCGCGGCCGAGGUUGUGGAGCGGUGGGAGGAGGCGGUGGCGGAGUCGGCCAUCCACGCGUCGCAGAGGGUGCGGUGCCCUCACGCCGGGUGCGAGGAGGUCAUGGUGAACGAGGGCGGGGAUGAGGUGGCGGAGUGCGAGUGCCCGUGGUGCCAUCGGCUGUUCUGUGCGAGGUGUGGGGUGACGUGGCAUCAGGGUUUGGAGUGUGGGGAGUUUAGGAGAAAGGGAGAGAAGGAGAAGCUGAGGAGGCUGGCGAAGGAGAAUAAGUGGAAGAAGUGCCCGAGUUGUAAGGUGUUUGUGGACAAGACGGAAGGGUGUAUUCAUAUCACCUGCAGGUGUAAAUUUGAGUUCUGCUAUGUAUGUGGAGAGAACUGGAACGAUGCACACUGGAACACUUGCCAAGAAUAGUGUCAAAUGUUUGUUUGUAUAGUAGAUAGAAAUAGAAUAGAUGAAGAGAGCAAAUAGGAUUGAUUACAAGGUUAGAUGGGUAGCCUAACUAGCUAGAUCUAUGGUUAUAAGAUCCAAAACAAAAAACAAAAAAAAAAGGAAAAAAGGAAAAAAUACAAAAAAAAUAAAAAUAUAUAAAACAAAAGAAAAUAUAAAAAAAAAGAUAAAGAUAAAGAAAAGAAAAUGAUAGUAGAAGACAAAUGUGUACAUGUAGUAGUUAUUUUGACUUCAAUAUAUGUAAAAUAGUUUGGAAAUUUGCCAAUAUUGACCCACAAUUUCAACGCUUAUAACAA